AUGGUUAAGGAUUCUAAUGAGCCCGGGUUUUCGCCGAAAAAGAGGCCUCUGUUGCGUCCUCAACGGUCGGAUUCCACUUCAAACACUACGGCAACUGGAAAUUCCGGUGCAGGCACAAGAGGUCGUGGCAGGCAGAAACAGAACGCUGUCAAAGGUAGUUCGAGGUCACCAUCGCUGCAUUCUCCAAAAUCGUGGAUCAGAAGCGCGUCUGCGACGGGGAUUCUCGGAUUGAGACGUCCGGAGCUGGCGCACUCGCACUCGCAGGCUAAUCCUGCUGCUGCUACUGUUGGUAUGAACCAUUCUCCGCUGAGAAGGGCUACUGCGAACGCGACGCCCGUUGACACUGGGAGGUCCUGGACGGAUGGAGACAUUAACAACGUCGUGGACGUUCUUCCCUCCUUUGAGAUGUACAACGCCUUGCAUAGACACAUCCCGCAGGGGAACGUCGACCCGGACAGACACGACUUCCCGCCUUCAUACCAGGAGGCCAGCAAUACGCCUACAACUGGCGGUGCGGCCUCGAGCACUGAUCUCUCGCAUCAACUGUUGUCCACUAACGCAUUGGGUGCCACGCCUUCAUCAUCCACAUCGAAUUUGGAAAACUUGGUUCCCCUCCGAACAGAACAUCACAGCAUCGCGGCACAGCAGCCCACUAUCGUUGAUGAAGAUCUGUUGGACGCGGCUCCCAUACUCGACGAUCUGAAUGAGGCAGACAGCAUUUUCAUCGAUAAACUGUACACUUUACCGAAGAUGUCCACGCCUAUCGAAAUCUGCAUAAAGACGACGAAGCAUGCGCCUAUGCCGCACGUGAAGCCGGAAGAGGAAUCGAUCUUGAAAGAGUAUACGUCAGGCGAUUUGAUUCACGGUUUCAUCACCAUUGAAAACAAGUCGCAAACGAGCUUGAAGUUCGAGAUGUUCUAUGUCACUUUGGAGUCAUACAUUUCCAUCAUUGACAAGGUCAAGGGGAAAAGAACCAUCAAGAGAUUUUUACGUAUGGUCGACCUGAGUGCUUCUUGGUCAUACUCAAAGAUCGCGUUGGGGUCCGGUGUAGACUUCAUUCCGGCAGACGUAGACUACGAUGAUUCCGUGUUUGGCCUAAACAAUAGUCGGGUCUUGGAACCAGGAGUCAAAUACAAGAAAUUCUUUAUCUUCAAACUACCACUGCAACUACUAGAUGUCACUUGUAAACAGGAGCAUUUCUCCCAUUGUUUGUUGCCUCCCAGCUUCGGUAUUGAUAAAUAUAGAAAUAAUUGUAAGUACUCUGGGGUCAAGGUCAAUGGUGUCCUCGGGUGCGGGCAUUUGGGUACCAAGGGCUCCCCAAUCUUGACUAACGAUAUGUCUGACGAUAAUCUUUCCAUCAACUACACUAUCGAUGCAAGGAUCGUCGGCAAGGACCAAAAGACCUCUAAACUAUACAUCAUGAAGGAGAGAGAAUACAAUCUAAGGGUCAUUCCCUUUGGGUUUGACGGUAAUGUCGUCGGGGAAAGAACCACCAUGAAUCAGUUGAACGAUCUCACUAGGCUGGUGCAAGAGAGAUUGGACGCCCUGAAAAAAGUAUUUGAAAGGUUAGAGAAGAAGGAACCUAUAACAAACCAUGAUAUACACGGUGCAGAUUUGAGUGGCAGCAUUGAUGAAUUUAUAGAAUUAAAUUCUCAAGAAAUAUUGCAAAGGAAAUUGGACCAACUGCAUAUUAAGAAUAGAAAUGACUACUUGGUCAAUUACAACGAUUUGAAACUAGGCCACAGCGCCGAAAAUAACCGUACUGGAAAUAGUAGCUAUCCCUCUGAUCCUUCCAGAAAUUGGGUUUCCUUUGUUGAAAGUGAACUGAAGUAUAAACUGAAAAACAAAUCCAACUCCACAUCGUUUUUAAAUUUCUCACAUUUUUUGAAUGGCAGUUCCAGCUCAAAUUCCACUUCUUCGAGUACUACAAAGAAUAAACAUGACCUGACAAGUAACAACGAAAGGACCGGGUUGAUACUGGUAAAGGCCAAGGUUCCUAGACAAGGUUUGCCAUACUGGUCACCUUCGCUACUUAGAAAGACGAAUGUUUUUGAAUCCAAAAGUAAGCAAGACCAAGAAAACUGGGAAAGAUUGUCCGAGUUGAUCCCUGAUGAUGUUAAAAAACCACUGGAGAAGAUUGAUUUACAACUAACUUGUAUCGAAUCUGAUAAUAGUUUACCUCACGACCCACCGGAAAUUCAUUCAAUCACCACAGAACUGAUAUGCAUAACAGCCAAAUCUGAUAAUUCUAUUCCGAUCAAAUUUAACUCUGAAUUAUUGAUGAACAAAGAAAAACUCGCUGGGAUCAAAGCGCUGUAUGACGAUUUCCAUUCAAAAAUUUGUGAAUAUGAAACCAAAUUCAAUAAAAAUUUUCUUAAAUUAAACGAGUUAUACAACACGGGAAGAGGGAACCGCAGGCUCAAGGAAUUGAAAUUUACCGAUUUUGUUACGUCACAGCUGCUUAAUGAUAUUGAAAGUAUUUGUAACUUGAAUGUUAACGUUCAUAAUUUAUCAAAUAUUUUCAAAAAACAAAUUAACACUUUGAAGCAACAUCCGAAACGCGUAUCAUCUGAGGACUCAAUAUCGCAUACAGGUAACGGUAAUUCGUCGUCACCCAAUUCAGCAUCUUUAACUCCGGUAACGUCUUCAUCUAAGAGUAGUUUAUUCUUGCCAAGCGGCAACUCGUCCACUUCUUUGAAAUUUACCGACCAAAUCAUCCAUAGGUGGGUCAAAAUUGCUCCUUUGCAAUAUAAAAGAGACAUUAAUGUAAACCUGGAAUUUAAUAAAGAUAUCAAAGAAACUUUAAUUCCAAGUUUUGAGAGCUGCUUAUGCUGUAGGUUCUAUUGUGUUCGAGUAAUGAUUAAAUUUGAAAAUCAUCUUGGUGUAGCCGUGAUUGAUAUUCCUAUUUCUGUUAGGCAAGUGUGA